AUAAAGACUGUACAUUCAGACAUCGAAAAGGGAAAAAAGAAAAUAAAAUAAAAAACAACUGGUGAAAGAAAACAAAAAAUAAUGGUAAAAAAUGUGAUAAAAUAAAUUAAAAACCCCAAAAUCGAAAGCUUCCCCUGUACUGAUAACUGAGUAAAAGGAAGCCAACCGUAGCCUCCAGUUCCACCAACAGUCAAGCUUCUUCUCUGUUUCAUUUUAUUUCUUCUCGUUUGGACAAUUGUUUUUUUUCUUCUCUUUCUUUAAGCUAAAGUUCUGGGACUCGGGAACUGAGUGAUGGCAAUUCUGACUCCGAGUCAUUUCGUGCGCGUUUUGAUUCUUGUGAUGUUAGCGCAGCCGUUGGAUCCUCCUUUGUUGGCUGUCGCAAAUAAGUAAUUCUCGUCGUGUUGCUUUAUGUGUUUGGAGGUGUUAUGCUCAUUUGCAACUUUGAUCUCGCCGUUUGGUUUGUUGGAAUCUCGCCAGAUCUGAAUUGUCCCCGGUUAAAAUCAACGGCGUCGGUGAUGUCGAUUUAUACUCUUUCAAAUCCCAGAGGAGCAUUGGGAAAUGUCUGUUCAUUUUUUGUGAAAGUUGUGGUUGUUUUAAGUUGUGCAAUUUCCAUCAUCAAUGCUGAUUUUUCCGGUAAUCUACUCCAAGCGCCAGCACAAUCUCCCACUAGAGCGCCUGAGGGUGCACCACCUGUUUCUGGUCUUCCCCUACCUUCCAAUCUGCCCUUGAUUCAUAGACCACGCCAAAGACAUUUUUCACCACAUAGUGCACCAGCAUUUGUAGCACCAACCCAACCUCCCCUUUAUGGUCCAUUGAUAACUGCCAGUCACCCUCCUACCAGUUCACGCCUGUCAAAACCAUUGAUGAAGAGGAGUGCAUCAGCACCUUCUGGUGAAGACUUGCCAAAUAUUGCCCCUACACAGUUUAGUCCUACUGCUUUAGCUCAACCACCAUUGUCUCCUGAAGUGUCCAAUUGCUGCAAACCAGAUUCAAUUUUGAAAAGGGGGACUCAUAGUUGCCAUUGCGUGUAUCCCAUAAAGCUUGACCUUCUCCUUUUAAAUGUCUCACAGAACCCAAAUAGGAAUAUUUUAGCGGAGUUAGCUUCUCAGCUUGAUUUGCUGCCUAAUCAAAUUGAAAUUAUCAAUUUUUAUGUGCUCAGUUUAUCAAGAUUAAAUAUCUCCAUGGAUAUUACUCCACACACAGGGAUUAGUUUCUCUGCCAGCGAUGCAUCUAAAAUAAACUCUUCACUUGUGAUGCAUAGGGUUCAUUUUGACCCAAAUGUAGUUGGAGAUUACAAAGUCCUUAAUUUUACAUGGUUUGAGCCUCCAGUGCCUUCCCCAGCUCCUGUCGUGGUUUCUGAACCCGUAGCAGCACCUGCACAUCAAUCCUCCAAUCCCACAUCACACAGCCCUUCAAACAAGGCGAAACAUUCAAAUUUGAUUCUUAUUUUUGGUAUAUCUGCUGGCAUACUGAUUUUUGCUAUAAUAUUGGUGCUUAUAAUUUGUUCGUUCACAUACCGUGAUGGAAAGGCAAAAGCAUCUCCCAAGGAAUUUGUAAAGCCAAGGACUUCAGAUGCGGCUGGGCGAGCAGGGUCUCUUCCCCACCCAAGCAGUACACGAUUUCUACAGUAUGAAGAACUUAAAGAAGCAACAAACAACUUUGCACCAGCAAGCAUACUGGGAGAGGGUGGUUUUGGCAGAGUUUUCAAGGGUGUUUUAAGUGAUGGUACAGCUGUAGCAAUUAAAAGGCUUACCAGUGGAGGGCCUCAAGGAGACAAGGAGUUUUUGGUUGAAGUUGAGAUGCUUAGCAGGUUGCAUCAUCGUAAUCUUGUUAAACUCGUAGGUUACUAUAGCAGUCGUGAUUCAUCACAAAACCUUCUUUGUUAUGAGCUUGUUCCAAAUGGAAGCUUAGAAGCCUGGCUCCAUGGCCCCUUGGGCAUAAAUUGUCCCCUGGACUGGGACACCAGAAUGAAGAUUGCACUUGAUGCUGCAAGAGGACUUGCAUACCUGCAUGAGGACUCACAACCAUGUGUUAUCCACAGAGAUUUCAAAGCAUCCAAUAUAUUACUUGAGAACAACUUUCAUGCUAAAGUUGCUGAUUUUGGCCUAGCCAAACAAGCACCUGAAGGCAGAACAAAUUACCUGUCUACUCGCGUAAUGGGCACAUUUGGGUAUGUAGCUCCUGAGUAUGCUAUGACUGGACAUCUGCUGGUAAAAAGUGAUGUUUACAGCUAUGGAGUUGUACUUCUUGAGUUACUCACUGGAAGGACGCCUGUAGAUAUGUCACAACCAUCAGGACAGGAGAACCUUGUCACUUGGGCGAGGCCAAUUCUAAGAGACAAGGACCGGCUGGAAGAGCUUGCUGAUCCAAGGCUCGGAGGGAAGUACCCGAAGGAAGAUUUUGUACGGGUUUGCACAAUUGCAGCUGCUUGUGUUGCUCCUGAGGCGAGUCAAAGGCCUACAAUGGGUGAAGUAGUACAGUCAUUAAAAAUGGUGCAGCGUGUUACAGAAUAUCAAGAUUCCAUGUUAACCAUUUCCAAUAACCGGCCCAACCAGAGGCAAUCUUCUACUACUUUUGAGUCUGAUGAGACGUCUUCAAUGUUCUCUUCUGGUCCUUUCUCUGGUCUAAGUGCCUUUGACAAUGACAACAUCUCGCGGACAGCAGUUUCCUCUGAAGAUCUUCAUGAAGGACGAUGAAUACUUUGAAGGGAGAAGAUCUUCAUGAAGGACGAUGAAUACUUUGAAGGGAGAGUAAGUGAACCGGAAGCCCUCAGUGGAAGCUGUUGACACCCCAAUACAACUGUGAGAAAUUGUCUUAAUAGGAAAUGAUAAAGUUUGAAAUAGGAUUUUCAGAAGUGUUGUAGAUUUUGUAAUUUCCAUAGAUGGGAAAUUGGUGCUUCUUGUUGUCUCAAUUGUUGUACCACUGUUAAGUUUUCCCCCAUGCAGUGGUGGAUGAAAUUUGUACAUAUGCCUUGUAGCUUUUUUCUAUUGGAUUGGCUUUCAAGGGUUGAUAUUAAACUUAAUUUUGGGGGUUUCCAUAAUGUUUUUGAAAUUUGUUGGUUUUCUUCUUGAUCUUUGUUUUAAUUACACUUACUUCUAUGUUUCUGCCUGGAAACGCUGCAAGAAGUUGACUGACCCCGGUGGAAACUGCAUGCAGAUUGGGAUGGUUCAACAUAUACAAAUAUUAGUUUA